UAAAUCCUUAAGAAAAUAAUCAACAAAAACCUAUUCUAUAAUCUUUCAUGUUUUUUUUUUCCCUUUCUUUUCACAAUUUCUUAGGAUCCAAAACCAUUAAUUCCAUCUUCCACAUCCAUUUUUGUUACCUUCAUGUUAUUGUGGCACUUCAGUUGCUUUUAACACAACAUUUGCCUACCUUCGACAUCGAGUUUUGACACAAACGUUGCUGCUGCUUCUGUUCUAAUCUGAUUUGAGAAAUUAAGAUUGAUAAACACCAUAUAGUUACAGGGAUAUUUUCGAAGUUGAUGCAGAAAAGAUUUUUUGGGAGAUAAAAAAGAUAUAGCAAUCUGCUUUCCGCUGGGUGGCAUAUAUGCUAUAUAUAGAAGAACAAAAUCUCAUGUUUUCUGCCUUUGGGUUGCAUUAGUAUCCGAUGUAAUGAAAAGGGUAAUAUGUGAAUGGAGUGUUGAUUUGAGAGGAAAUGGAAUUGAGAAGACUGAGAGCAGGUUAUGCAAUUGUUUAUGUCAUUCUUCUUUGUACAUUGGCAAUGGGGAGUAUAGAGGGCAAAAGGAGAGCAGAUAUGCUUUUUGGCAAUUGUGAUCCUGAGCUAAAGGAAAAAAUGGAAGAACAAGCAUGGAUUCAUUGCUGGAAGGAAUUGGUAGAUAGGAAUGGCUCUUUCGAAGAUUUCGAUUUAGAUAUGCUGCAGGAAGCUAAUUUUGAGUUGAAAUCAAGAUUGCUCACAAAAGAAAACAUUGAUAAAUCCUUAAGUGUUCUAUCACCGAAAAUGAAACAAGAACUUCUGGAUUAUUGUCUAAGAGAGAAAAAUCUUCACUUUUCUUACCAUGACGAUAGUUCUAGACAUUCUUUCAUCAAGUGUGUUAAGUUUCUUUUAGAUUUGUGUAAUAGUCACAGAGGAUAUCUAGCUAGCAACACUCAUCAACAUACAAAACCAAGCCUUACUCCAUCAGCGCCUGCAGCAGCAUCCCCAGGUUAUGGUUCAGCACCAUUCAAUCUAGCAGCUGUCAGCUCUUCAUCUCCAAGGAGAUUGACCCUUUCGUUCUUUGAAAAGAAAUUGUAUCGCCUACAAGAUAUGAGUGACUCACCUCCUCCUCCAUCACCAGGAAAACAUUCUCCACCCAGUUCACGAUUUCAUAAACAAGUUCCUCCACCACCAGUGCAUAAGGGCGUUGAUCAGAAUCUUAUUGUUGCUGUUGCUGCAACUGCAGCAGGAACAUUUUGUUUUGUUGCGACGCUCUUCAUUUGCUGGUGCUGUUGUAGGGGUAGUAGCAACAAAAUUGGUCCUGGAGGUGGAAAAAGAGAUGAGAGGCCUCUUCUGCACUUCAAUCUGUCUAAUACUACUUCUCAAAGUUCUUUUAGCUUAGGAAAUUCCAGUUCCAAAGAUCACAGUUCUAAUAGUGGAAACACUACGUUCCAAAGCGAUUUGUCAACGAAAUAUGGAAAUCAUGAUUCCUCUCUGGCAGACGCACCAUCAGUAGAAGCUCAUGCAGGAGAAGCACUUCCUCCUCUAAAACCUCCUCCUGGAAGAACUCCUGCUCCUCCACCUCCUAGACCGCCGCCACCACCACCACCUCCGGUUGCUGCUCCUCGUCCCCCGGUGCCUCCAAAAGUUGGUCGCGCUCCACCAGUUCCUCCUUCUAAAGGCAAGUUGAAGCCUUCCCCCCUUGGACCACAUCGUGAGAAUCCCAGCGAGGGAGAUGAUCUUGAUAGUGAAGAAGCUCCAAAAGCCAAGUUAAAGCCAUUCUUUUGGGAUAAGGUUGUGGCCAACCCUGAUCACUCAAUGGUUUGGGAUGAGAUCAGUUCCGGUUCAUUCCAGUUCAGUGAGGAGAUGAUAGAGUCAUUAUUUGGUUAUCAUUCUGUGGAUAACAAUAAAAAUGAUCGCAAGAGAGAUCCAUCUGAACCUUCAAUCCAGUAUAUUCAGAUCAUCAACCCAAGGAAAGCACAAAAUCUAUCCAUUCUGCUACGAGCACUGAAUGUGACUACCGAAGAAGUCCUUAAUGCUUUGCAAGAAGGUAAUGAGCUACCAGUGGAGCUCCUUCAGACAUUGCUGAAGAUGGCACCGACAUCAGAAGAGGAGUUGAAGCUUAGGUUAUAUGCUGGUGACAUCUCUCAGCUAGGUCCUGCAGAGCGUUUCCUCAAAGUCUUGGUAGAAAUACCGUUUGCUUUCAGACGAAUAGAGGCAUUAAUAUUCAUGAGUGCUCUACGGGAAGAAGUUUCAGGCCUUAAAGAGUCCUUUGCAACUCUUGAGGUGGCUUGCAACAAACUCAGAAACAGCAGGCUAUUUCUGAAACUCCUAGAGGCAGUUCUUAAAACUGGUAACCGAAUGAAUGAUGGUACAUACCGCGGUGGAGCACAGGCAUUCAAACUUGACACGCUCUUGAAACUUUCUGAUGUCAAGGGAAUAGAUGGAAAAACUACACUCUUGCACUUUGUCGUUCAGGAGAUCAUUCGUUCUGAAGGCAUUCGUGCUGUCCGCACAGCAAGACCCAGCCUGAGCUUCUCCAGUGUGAAGUCAGAUGAAUAUAUUGACAAUGCUAACCCAGCAUCAGCAGAGCACUACCGAAACCUUGGUCUUCUAGUGGUAUCAGGUUUAAGCACUGAACUUGAAGAUGUAAGAAAGGCAGCGAUCAUAGACGCUAAUAUUCUAACAUCUACAGUGUCGAAACUUAACCAAUCAUUAACAAAAACUAAGGCUUUCCUAGACUCUGACUUGAAGAGUUUGGGAGAAGACGGUGAGUUCUAUCAUGCAUUGGCUAGCUUUUUGGAGCGUGCAGAGUCUGAAAUGUCAAGCAUGUCAGAAGAAGAAAAGAGGAUAACGGCUCUGGUGAAGAGCACAGCAGACUAUUUUCAUGGGAAUGCAGGAAUGGAUGAAGGUUUGCGUUUGUUUACAAUUGUACGAGAUUUCUUGAUAAUGAUAGAUAAGACAUGUAGAGAGGUAAGAGAUGACAGAUCAAAGAGGCCAAUUACGACAGCCAAAAAAGAGGUUCGGGAAGUGACAGCAACAAACAGUCAGAAACAUGAAAAUGCAAUUCAGAAACUGUUUCCAGCAAUUGUCGGAAGGCGAACUGAUGAUUCCAGUUCAGAUGAUGAGAGCACAUCUCCUUAGCCUUUUAAGCUUCUAUUGUCUCUAGACUUAUUCAGGUGGCUUGGAAUCUUCGAAGGCACGACAGACUGGAUUAUGCAUAGUUCGCAGAAAUCUUCCCUACCUCUGUCUAGUCUGCAGCAGCACACGACCUUGAUUUUCCUCUUCAAAUGUUUUCUGAAAGACUGUUAUAACCUGAAGAAAGUUUUUGAUCAUAUAGAUAGAAAGAGGAUUGAUUCCGAAUUUGUCUCGGAAGGCACAGCAUUUCUUUUGUACAGCUGAUGCAGUAUUACUGUAGUUAAGGACUUGUUUCUGUGAAUUCUAUGCAUUCAAUCCAUAGUUUUUCA